GUUAAUUGGUUUUAAGGAUGAUUCAUAAAACCAGAUGGCGAGAAUUGUAAACAUUGUAUUUAAUACUUACAAAACAAGCCGAUGCCUAUGAAAAUUGUCCAGUUCAAAAAAAGAGACCACGACUUGAUUUGACCUGCUACCUGUAAAUCUCCCCUUUGCAUCUCACGACAACAGAAAUACCCAUGGCUGACACCCAAACAGUUUCUCACGAUAUUCUCACCGUUCUCUCUUCAUCAAAGAGAGACUUCCUUAUUCGCAACGACGGCAAUCAGGUUAAAGUUCAGAGCUUGAAGGGAAAGAAAGUUGGGUUGUAUUUCUCAGCAUCGUGGUGUGGUCCAUGUAAGCGAUUCACACCGGUUUUUGCGGAGGUGUACAAUGAAAUCUCAGCAAAGGGUGAUUUUGAGGUCGUUUUUGUAUCGGCUGAUGAUGAUGAUGAGGCAUUCGAGGGCUACUUCUCAAAGAUGCCUUGGCUUGCUAUUCCAUUCUCUGAUUCAGAGGCACGUGAUAGCUUGGAGGAGUUGUUCAAGGUUAGGGGAAUCCCUUACCUAGUGAUUCUUGAUGAAAAAGGGAAAGUUUUGACUGAUAUUGGAGUAGAGAUCAUUCGAGAGUAUGGAGUGGGAGGGUACCCUUUUACAGAAGAAAAGAUCAAGGAAAUGAAAGAGGAAGAAGAAAGAGCCAAAAGGGAACAAUCCUUAAAAUCUGUCUUGGUGUCCAAAUCACGUGACUUCCUAAUUUCAUCUAAUGGAAAAAAGAUACUUGUCUCUGAACUUGAAGGGAAGACUGUUGGCCUGUACUUCUCGUUGCAUUUAUACAGGUCCUGUGCUGAUUUUACUCCAAAGCUUGUCAAGGUCUAUGAGAAGCUGAAAGAAAAGGGGGUGAGCUUUGAGAUUGUGUUGAUAUCACUAGAUGAGGAGGAGGACUCUUUCAAGGAGAGCUUAGGUAGCAUGCCUUGGCUAGCAUUGCCCUUUAUGGAUGAGAGCUGCCAGAAGCUAGCUCGGUACUUUGAACUCUCCACCCUUCCCACUCUGGUGAUUAUUGGGCCAGAUGGGAAAACUCUCAAUUCCAAUGUUGCUGAAGCUGUUGAGGAUCAUGGAGUCGAGGCUUUCCCUUUCACCCUGGAAAAGUUUGCAGAACCUGAAAUAGAAAAAGCAAGAGAGGCAGCUCAAACCCUGGAGUCAGUUCUGGUUUGUGAAAAUCGAGAUUUUCUCGUUGGAAAAGAUGGAAGCAAGAUUCCAGUGUCUGAUUUAGUCGGGAAGACCAUCCUUCUGUAUUUUUCAGCGCAUUGGUGCCCUCCUUGUCGAGCAUUUUUGUCAAAACUCAAGGAAGCAUACUACAAAAUCAAGGCAAAGAAUGAACCAUUGGAAAUGGUUUUUAUUUCCAGUGACAAAGACCAAGCUUCGUUUGAGGAAUUUUUUUCAGGAAUGCCAUGGCUGGCACUUCCCUAUGGUGAUCCAAGGAAGGCAUCUUUGAGUAGGAAAUUCAAGGUCUAUGGUAUUCCUAUGCUAGUUGCUAUUGGCCCAACCGGCCGAACUGUCACAAAAGAAGCCAAGGAUUUGAUUUCAGUCCAUGGAGCUGAUGCUUAUCCUUUUACUGAAGAACAUUUGAAGAAUAUUGAAGCAAAAUAUGAGGAUUUGGCAAAGGGGUGGCCUGAGAAGGUGAAUCAUGCACUCCAUGAGCAUGAGCUUGUGCGAACUCGCCGCACUGUUUAUACCUGUGAUGGAUGCGAUGAAGAAGGACAGAUCUGGUCAUUCAACUGUGAAGAGUGUGACUUCAAUCUCCACCCCAAAUGUACUUUGGAAGAGGAUAAAGAAGCCAAAGAUGAUGAUGCCCAGGAAGAUGAAGUCAACAAAGAAGGAUGGAUUUGUGAUGGGGAUGGCUGCCACAAGGCUUGAAAAAUUGGCCUCUUAGUGCCGACAAAAAUAUGGGUCUUUUUUACCAUGAAUUAUUUAUCUUUGUGGUGGAUGUCUUUUUAUAGAAGAGUGAUGUCUAUUUUAUAUUAAUAGAUAUCCUUGUUAUAUAUAUAUGGCUAACAGCUUGUGUUAAA